AAUGGAUAAUUCGACUUAUUUACAAGCUGAAAAUGAUGCAUUUUGACGGAAUAUAUUUAACUAGACACGUCUAUAUUAUAAUAAAACAAUACUUAAUCCUAAUUCAUCCAUUAAUAUACCGUGCUGUGUAAGCUGAUUCUCCGGGCGGGACUUCGUUUUACUGUAUCCGGGCAGCCGUUUGAAUAAGAAAUAACUUUAAUAAGAUUUGAAUACGACCAAAAAAAAUACAUGUCAUGUUAUAUUAUUGUUAAGUAGGUAAAAUGUUUGUGUUUCGUCAUGUAGUUGUUUAACGUGGUGUGUUUUUGGCCGGAGCGAGGCGGAGUUGGCUCGGUCCCCUUUUUUGAAUUUUUUUCCCCUGCCCUUUGAACGUUCCAUGGUGCCUUGCGUCAGUUUGUAACGAAUUUGGUUCGACAGCACAGUUUAGGCGCCAUUUACAAGUCGGAGUUUUCAAGUAAGAGAGCCACUCGGGAUGACACGGGACUAAAAGUUUGUGGAUUAUAUUUACAACUCACUGGAUUAACGAAUACUUUUGGCGCUGUCGUGAUUUGGAUCAGUAAAGAAGACUUUUGACAAGUCGUGUCCGCAUCGUGGAAGAUCGCAAAUCAUGCCAUCUAAAACUGCAAAAAGCUCAACUGCAUCCGCCAAGCCAAGAGGGAAAGGGUCGCAGCCUCGGGAUGACUCCGAAGACGAGCUGGAUGUACCCCCUCAAGAAACCAACUCCAAUGGCCAAGAGGAGGCACCGCCGACAACUGAUCCGUCACACGGGGAAGCUGCCGAGGCGGUUGAUAAUCGAAGUUUGGAGGAGAUUCUCGGUAGCAUCCCUCCACCCCCGCCCCCAGCAAUGACCAAUGAACCGGGCGCUCCUCGCCUCAUGAUAACGCAUUUAGUUAAUCGCAACUUUAAAUCGUAUGCAGGCGAGCAGAUUCUGGGGCCUUUUCACAAGCGUUUUUCAUGCAUCAUUGGCCCAAAUGGAAGUGGGAAGUCCAACGUGAUAGAUUCAAUGCUCUUUGUGUUCGGAUACAGAGCUCAAAAGAUCCGAUCCAAAAAGCUCUCAGUACUGAUUCACAGCUCUGAUAAACACAAAGAUGUGCAAAGCUGCACUGUGGAGGUGCAUUUUCAAAAGAUUAUUGAUAAGGAAGGAGAUGACUACGAAGUCAUCCCCAACAGCAAGUUCUAUGUUUCCAGGACUGCCAACAAAGACAACUCCUCAGCCUACCAUAUCAAUGGCAAGAAAAGCACAUUCAAAGAAGUCGGGGCUUUACUCCGAAGCCAUGGUAUUGACCUAGACCACAACAGAUUUCUGAUCUUACAGGGCGAGGUGGAGCAGAUCGCCAUGAUGAAGCCCAAAGGUCAGACGGAGCAUGAUGAGGGGAUGCUUGAGUACCUGGAGGACAUCAUCGGGUCAUGCCGCCUCAAGGAGCCCAUCCUGACCCUGGCGCGCCGCAUCGAGCUGCUCAAUGAGCAGAGAGGAGAGAAGCUGAACCGAGUGAAGCUUGUAGAAAAGGAGAAGAAUGCUCUGGAGGGAGAGAGGAACAAAGCUGUGGAGUUCCUCACCCUGGAGAAUGACAUUUUCAAACACAAAAGUCGACUCUGCCAGUAUUAUGUCCAUGAUCUGCAGAAGCGUGUGGUGGAUAAGGAGCAGGAGAAGCAGAAGAUCUUGGAUGACACCAAGGAGCUCACCGGGAAAAAUGCAAAGAUAUCAGAGGAGACGGAGAAAAUGAACCAAGAGCUGAAGAAUGUGGAGAAGAAACAAAAUAAGCUCAACAAGUACAUUGAGACCCAGAAGGAGAAGUUCACCCAGCUGGACCUGCAGGAUGUUGAAGUGCGUGAGAAGAUUAAACACUCCAAGAGCAAGAACAAGAAACUGCAGAAGCAGCUGGAAAAGGAAAAAGAAAAGCUGGAGGAAGUGCGCGGUGUGCCAGCCAACAGUGAGAAAGCAAUCUCUGAGGCGACAGUUCGCAAGGAGGAGCUGGAGAAGAAGAAGGUGAAGGAAGAGGAAAAACUGAAAGGCGUGAUGGAGAGUCUGAAGGAAGAGACCAGUGGCCUGCAGCAGGACAAAGAGACCAAAGAGAAAGAACUGAUGGAGCUCAGCAAGGCUGUAAACGAGACCCGCUCCCGGAUGGACAUCGCUCAGUCUGAGCUUGACAUCUACCUCAGUCGCCACAAUACGGCAGUGACCCAGCUUAACACCGCCAAGCAGACGCUUCAGACGACCUCUGACACACUGCGGGAGCGCCGUCCUGCCAUCAAAGACCUAGAGGUCAAAAUACCUCAGAAAGAAAAGGAGCUCAAGAAGGAUGAGGGAGAGCUGGAGCAGCUGAUGAAGAUGGAUUGUGAGACCAGGGAGGUGGUGAGGGAGAUGAGGCAGAAGGUGGACGAAGCCAAGAGCUCUCUGUCCUCCAACCGCAGUCGAGGAAAGGUCCUGGAUGCUCUCAUGCAGCAGAAGAGGAGUGGACGAAUUCCAGGCAUCUUCGGGAGACUGGGAGAUCUCGGAGCCAUAGAGGAGAAGUAUGAUGUCGCCAUUUCCUCCAGCUGUGGUGCUCUGGACAACAUUGUAGUGGACACUAUUGACACAGCCCAGAAAUGUGUGACAUUCCUCAAAGAACAGAACAUCGGGGUGGCCACCUUCAUUGGCCUGGACAAGAUGAAGGUGUGGGAGAGGAACACGGCUCCCAUCCGCACUCCAGAGGACAGCCCUCGCCUCUUCGACAUGGUGCGAGUGAAAGAUGAAAGCGUGCGGCCAGCUUUCUACUUCGCCCUCAGGGACACUCUGGUGGCCCAGGACAUGGAGCAGGCCACGAGGAUGGCCUUCCAGAAAGACCGGCGCUGGAGAGUGGUCACCCUGAAGGGGCAGAUCAUCGAGAUGGCAGGAACCAUGACUGGUGGAGGAAGAGUACUGAAAGGCAGGAUGGGCACCUCUCUUGGCACUGAGAUUUCCCAGGAUGAGCUUGACCGUAUGGAGAGUAAGCUGAACGAGAAAGUGUCGAGGCUGCAGGGCUGCCAGGAGAGAAAGCUGCAGCUCGAAGAGAGCGUCCAGCGACUGCGGCAGCAGCUCAGAGAUAUGAAGAACACUCUGGAGAAAUACUCCAACAGCAUGACUAGUCUGGCUGACCAGGAGGCUCACUUGAAACUUCAGAUUAAGGAACUUGAAGCCAAUGUGUUGGCUGCUGCCCCAGACAAGGCCAAACAGAAACAGAUGGAGAAGAGCCUGGAGGCCUUCAAGAAAGACUUUGAUGCAGCCUCCAGUAAGGCUGGGAAGGUGGAGAACGAGGUGAAGCGUCUCCACAACCUGAUCAUAGACAUCAACAGCCACAAGCUGAAGGCUCAGCAGGACAAGCUGGACAAAGUCAACAAGGAGCUGGACGACUGCUCCUCCACUAUUACCAAGGCUCAGGUGGCCAUAAAGACGGCUGACCGAAACCUGAAGAAGUGUGAGGAGAGCGUGAAUCGCUUGCAGAGUGAGCAGGAGGAGAAUGAGAAGGCAAUGGUUGAGUUCACAGAACAGCUGAAGAAGCUGGAGGAGGAGGCCGGGGAGAUCAUAAAGACCUGCCAGGAUGCCGAGGCUGCUCUUCCUGAAGUACAGGAGCAGUACCAGGGGGUGCUGAAGGAGAUCAAGGUCCUGCAGCAGCAGGAGCACGCACUGCAGGAGGAGUCCCUCAGCGUCCGGCUCCGCAUUGAGCAGAUUGAGACCUCCAUGACAGAACACAGCAACAAGAUCAAACACUGGCAGAAAGAGGCCACCAAGCUGUCUCUUCACACCAUCGAGGACAAACCAGCAGAGGAACUUCCUGUUCUCACACCCGCCGAACUCUCUGAAAUCUCUGAUCCAAAUGUCAUCAUAAACAAGAUGACCAUGUUAGAGUCCCAGUGUGCUCAGAUGAAACCCAACCUCGGAGCCAUCGUUGAGUACAAGAAGAAGGAGGAGCUGUACCUGCAGCGUGUGGCUCAGCUGGACGAGAUCACCACAGAGAGAGACAACUUCAAACGGGGCUACGAGGACCUGCGCAAGCAGCGCCUCAACGAGUUCAUGACUGGAUUCAACAUGAUAACCAACAAGCUCAAGGAGAACUACCAGAUGCUCACACUGGGUGGCGACGCAGAGCUGGAGCUGGUGGACAGCUUGGACCCCUUCUCUGAAGGCAUCAUGUUCAGCGUCCGUCCUCCAAAGAAGAGCUGGAAGAAGAUCUUCAACCUGUCAGGAGGGGAAAAGACGCUCAGCUCACUGGCUCUGGUGUUUGCUCUGCACCACUACAAACCCACACCACUCUACUUCAUGGACGAGAUCGACGCUGCUCUCGAUUUCAAGAACGUCUCUAUCGUGGCCUGUUACAUUUAUGAGCAAACAAAGAACGCUCAGUUUAUCAUCAUCUCCCUGAGGAACAACAUGUUUGAGAUCGCUGAUCGCCUCAUCGGCAUCUACAAGACGCACAACACCACCAAGAGCGUGGGGAUCAACCCCAAGACCAUCGUUUUCAAAGAGCAUCAGGCUGUCACUGCUUAAACCUGAAGAAGCUCUCUGAUCAGUUUUACUGUUUGUUUUUUUCACAUCCUGUGUAAAUAUUUUUUAAUCUUUUUUUUUUUGCCUCUCUACAAUAAAAUGCUGCUAUUCUAUAUUUCUACGUGACCUAAUAAAUGUUUUCUGAAGAGA